AUGGGAAAUUCAAACUCUCUUCCUUUUGUGCUGCGACCCGAAUUCAUUGUACCCGUAUUGAUAGUCAUUUUAGUUUUUGUUUUAUGUGUUUUAUUAUUGGUCUAUAGAUUUAUCACACGAAGAAGGAGAAGAGAUGGCAACUCGGAACCUCUUUGGUUGCUCGCGACUGGAGGAUUAUUUAGAAAAUCAUCCCGACACUCUCAAAGUUUAAACGAUGAAGUCGAGGAAACAUUGCCUUUGGCCAGUAGCAAAAAUUUGAGUGGUUACUAUAAUCAACCUCAUCAUCAUCAUCAGCAAGAUGAAAAUUCAUCAUGGCUGGAAGGCUUCUCUAAUUUAUUCACGCCUCGUUCCUCGAAACGAACAGGGGAACAUUCGGAGGAGAAUUUUACAGUAUCUUCUGAGCUGUUAUUCCAAGUAAAACUUUUCUUGAGAACAACGGAUUAUGAGCUUGUAGAAAAGAAGGAAAUAUUGAAACUAUUGCUCGAUUCAAAGAAAACACAUACCAAGAAUACUCCUUUCAAAACAUUUGUGUUUUGUGAGCAUGUGUCAUCCAAAAACACUCUAGCAACAGUGAUUUGCACGAGUACUAUGAAUCAACCAUUCUCAUUAAUGACCGAUUUAACAUGCAAGAGAGCAUUCUUGCAAUUUAUGACAGGCCUUGGUCAAUUAUCGCCGUAUAUUCUUAAUGUCAUACAUAUUGAUUUAGAUGGGCAAGGAAAAUGUUUUACUCUUGUUCCUCAUAUGAGUGAAGGUUCUUUAUUUGAUUUGUUGGAGAAAACAAAGCGAGAAAAUCCAAACAUACAAUCUUUUAUGGAUCCAGAUAGCAUUAGCCAACUUUCUGGUCAAAUAUUGUGUGCCUUAAAAGCACUUCAACUCAUAGGAGUGGAAUUUACCCAUCUAUCAACAAAGAAUAUCUUGAUCGAAAAGGCCAAUGAUAUUUCUUCCAGUGUACCUUAUACCUGCAAAUUAAGUUGUUUAGAGGAUCAAUUUUUACUUUUUUCAAGAAAUACCUUUUCGAAUUCAGCCAAGAAUGUUGUAGAAGCAUUUGGAUUUGUUCUAUACGAAAUGUGUACAGGUAUACCUUGCAAAGCUGCUACAGACAUUAAUUUGGACAGAGUAUUAUAUGCUUCCUUCAGGAAAAUUUUGCAUGACAUUUUUCCAUUCUCACUCACUCAUGAAAGUUCUUCCAGUUCUCAAACGCAGAUUCCAAACGUUACAUUAGAUCAACUAUUGAAUGAUGAAGCAUUCUAUUGCGAUCCAAAUGUUCUUGCCUCUAUGAAAAAUCAAGAAGUGCAAAUGGGAUCUGGGUUAAAAGCACUGCUUGAAAAGCUUCACCAAUACCAAACACAAACGAAAAGAGUCCAAAUCACACACUAG